AUGACACAAAGAAUCCAACAAAUAACUAACCAUCUCAUCGGACCUAGCAGUAAUUCAAUUCUUCCAAAGGUCGGUAAAAAAUCACCAGAGGAUGUAGUAGUAGUAACAGCAGUUCGCACAGCACUUACCAAAGCUAAAAAAGGUGGCUUCAAAGAUGCAUUUCCCGAAGAAUUGCUUGCCGCAGUUUUUAAGGCGGUGCUUGAUAAAUCAAAAAUUGAUCCCAAUUUGAUUCAAGAUGUGGCGGUUGGUAAUGUUUUACCACCCGGUGGUGGAGCUACAGUUGCAAGGGCUGCAGCUUUGUAUGCCGGUAUUCCCGAAAGUGCUGCCUUGAACACCGUUAACAGACAAUGUUCUUCUGGUUUACAAGCAAUUGUUCAAAUUGUUCAUGAGAUUGCACUUGAUCAAAUUGAAAUCGGAAUAGGUGCCGGUGUUGAAAGUAUGUCACUUCAUUAUGGAGCAGGAGCAAUGGCAACAGAUACUUCAGAAAAGGUAUUUUCAAAUCCGGCAUCACAAGAUUGUUUACUUCCGAUGGGAGCAACUUCAGAAAAUGUAGCAGAACAAUUUGGAAUUUCGAGAACCAGACAAGAUCAAUUUGCUGUUGUGUCUCAUCAAAAAGCAGCAGCAGCACAAGAAGCCGGUCUCUUUAAAGAAGAAAUAAUUCCUGUAAGAACCAAAUGGAUUGAUCCCAAGACAGGGGACGAGAAAGAAAUAGUUGUUGACAAAGAUGAUGGAAUUCGUAAGAACACAACGUUGGAAGGAUUGGCUAAAUUGAAACCAGUAUUCAAAGAUAAUGGUACUACUACAGCAGGUACUGCCUCACAAGUUUCUGAUGGAGCAGCAGCAGUUUUGUUGAUGAAACGUAAGACAGCUGAAAAACUUGGAUUACCAAUUAUUGGUAAAUUUAUUAGAGCAUCAGUUGUUGGAGUUCCACCAAGAGUUAUGGGAAUAGGGCCUGCUUAUGCAAUUCCAGCUGUCCUUAAACUAGCAGGACUUUCGAUUAAUGAUAUUGAUAUUUAUGAAAUAAAUGAAGCUUUUGCUUCUCAAGCAAUAUAUUCUGUUGAGAAAUUAGGAAUCGAUUUCAAAAAAGUUAAUCCAAAGGGAGGAGCAAUUGCAAUUGGACAUCCUCUGGGCUGUACUGGCGCACGUCAAGUAUCAACACUCUUGACAGAGUUAAGAAGAACAAAGAAGAAAUUAGGAGUUAUUUCCAUGUGUAUUGGAACAGGAAUGGGAAUGGCUGCUGUUUUUGAAGCAGAAUUUUAA